AUGGCGGCCGUGUCGUUGAACACUAUGAACAAUGUAGUGCAAAAUCAAUUAACUCGCUCUCUAGAAAAGAUUUUGGAGGAUGCUAAUUUAAGUGGUGAAUUAAAGUUGAGCGGACGAAAGUUGAAGGAGUUUCCGAAGGGAAAAUAUAAUUUAAGUGAUACAGUAUUUGCUGAUCUUUCCAAAAAUCGCUUUUGCGAACUUCCAAAUGAUGUGACUGCAUUCCACUUUCUGGAACGACUUCUAUUGUAUCACAAUGCUAUCAGAAACAUACCUGAAUCUGUCGGCGCCUUACAGUCUCUAUCCUACUUAGAUCUAAGCCGAAAUCAUCUGACGACUCUGCCCCGCGAAAUAUGUCUCCUUCCCUUAGAGGUGCUCCUGGUGUCGAACAACCGCCUGGUCAGUUUGCCGGACGAAUUAGGGCGGAUGAGUCAGCUUAGCGAAUUGGAUGCCAGUUGUAAUUUUCUAGCCCAUCUUCCUGUGCGAAUCGGCGAACUCAGGAAAUUGAGAGUUCUCAAUCUCCGGAGCAAUGCCCUCGUGUAUCUUCCUUUAGAAGUCGUAAACUUGAAAUUAGUGUCAUUAAAUCUAAGCAGCAAUAGAAUAUCCAUGCUACCCGUCGAAAUGAGGCUAAUGGAAAAUUUAAUAGAAUUGGAUAUUUCUCAUAAUCCUUUGACGGUCCCACCUGCUAAUUUAUGCGAGAAAGGAAUGGUCCACAUCUUCAAAUAUCUAGAGACUCAGUAUAUCAAAAACGGUGGAGGUCCCUUCAAACAAAUCGCUAUGACGACAGCAGCAAAUGCAAGGAUAGCACGUACAACUGCAAGUCCUAUUUCGACACCAACAAAAACUUACACGAAUCGUACAUUGCAACCAAAUACAUUGGAUAGUCUGAAAAGUAAAAGGCCUCAUGUGGACAGCGGGUACUGUACCAGUGAUGGCUUUGAUAAACAUUGGAUCGAAGAUGUACAUGAUGCGAAUGCAGAAACGUUUGAUUUAUAUCAAAAUUUGUCUUCAUCUUUGUCUUCCAACUCAUCUCAAGACACAAUAACACCUUUGAGUGGGGCUCCUUUGGCAUCUAGUGAAAGUCGAAGUGGGAGUUCCACACCAUCAACCAUAUCACCUGGACCGUCUGAAAUUACUGCAAACAGAGAACUGUCGGAUGACAGGCUUGCUAAUAUACAAACUUAUAGAGAGUAUAAAGAAGCCCUAAGGCAGCAAAGACAACUCGAUGGCCACAUAGUCUACAGAUCUAAGGAACACACUCCACCUACACCUCAAACUCCCGAAACCAACUUCCAAACAACUCUAAUGAACCAAAAUCCCGACCACAAGUUUAUUGCGAGUUCUCCAAAUACUCCACUCAGUUCCAGGCGAGAUUACAGUCACAACGAUCACUCAAACUCAUUAAACCAUCACCAAGGAAUGCAACAGAUCUCAAAAUACAUGAACGGUUACACCAACGGCCAACCAAAUGGUGUAAAUGGUUCUCAAAGCCCAAUUGCAUCAGUCAACCCCAUGCUGAAUGGAAAUUCCGUCAGUCGCAAACCUGUGCAAAAAGUUACACCAUCCAGAAACAUUGUAAAUGACAUCACACUUGAACAGAAUAAAAUAAACUCCAUGACAUCACCUGAUAACGAGAAAUCGGAUUCAGUGAAAAAUUCGCCCCAAUCUCCAUAUAAAACAUUUGCUAAUAAGAACGAUAUAUACGUUAAGCCGAAUUCGCCGAUUAAAAAUUCUAGUAAUAUUUUAAGUCAUAAUAACGUUCCGGUAGCCAACCGGAAUGGUUUGACCAAAAACGGGAACAAGAGUGUUACUUGGGAGAGUAAUUCUCCUGAUAAAUUAGAUAAAUUUAGUUUCACAAUGAAGAGGGAAUUUGAUAAGCAAAAGGAGGAGACUGAGCUGAUAGACCAAUUACGUAAUAUAAUUGAAUCACGUCUAAAAAUGACACUGCCACAAGAUCUUGGAUCAGCCUUAACCGAUGGUGUUGUUUUGUGUCACUUGGCAAACCAGGUUUCGCCCAGGGCUGUUGCCACAAUUCAUGUGCCAAGUGCCACUGUUCCAAAAUUAACGAUGGCAAGGUGCAGGAGGAAUGUUGACAAUUUUCUGGAGGCUUGCAGGAAAAUAGGCGUUGAGGAGACGCUGCUGCCCAGCCGCGAUCUUUUGAUGGGAUGUACGUCUGCACAUGAGCCCGACAUCUCGGUUGAGGACAAGGUCAGAUUCGUCGGUAAAAGUGCCCUGUGUGUAUUGGCACGACUUUGCAUCGAUUUGGUUAACGGAAAUCACCAAAGGCCAGAAAUGCGAUCGGUUAUAGAGAACGGGAAUAAAAUCGCGGACGAAGACGCCAGGGGAAAAAGGAAACUGAGCGAAAAUAUGGGAUAUGUCAUUGAACAACUGGAGAACCACGCUUUUAUAGAACAAGCUCUGGCUGAAGAUAUAAUCGAUAAUUAUGAUGUUGUCGAUGGGAACAUGGACUUAGAUCAUGAUGACAAACCAGAGACUGAAUUGAUAUACGAGUGUAACAACAAGAAAGUUGUACCAUCCGAUUCAAAACUCAAAGACAUGAUCAAGUACUUUGAAUCCACAAAGGAACGUGGCAACUCCAAACUCAACAAGGACAUCAGAAACAAUUCUGAUAAGUACCAAGUGCCCUUAGGAAAAGAUGCUGAAGCAUGUGAUAAAAAUGAAGGAAAAUACAGGUCUUCUGAAGUGAUGGAAAAAAUUAAUUAUACUAAACGUAAAAUGUCUUUGUAUUUAGAAAAGAAUUUGAAUAAAGAGAUGAAAUCGGAUACUGUGGCGCAUAAUAGGCUUGUCACGAUUGCCUGUUUGUCUGGAUUUUUGCUUACUGUGAUUAUUUUAACAUUGUAUCCGCUACCGGGAUAA